AUGGCCGCCGCUUCGGCGCCCGGAGGGUUGGGAGAUACCAAGAAGGCUUCCACAGAUUCCGACAAUUCGACCGAGCCCGACAGCCGGGCCGAGGUGGACCAUUCGGAGGAUGCGGAGAACACGGUGCUGCCGGGGAACUUGGUCGAGUCUGUGCUGUCGGAGGAUGACGCGCCCGCGAAGUCGGACGAGUCCAAGAAGUCUGCGCGGAGGUCCUCCGAGAAGGCGAGGAAGCCCGGGAGGACGAGGAAGCCCGAGAAGCCGAAAAAGGUGGUUGUGAUCAAGCCCAAGAAGCCCAUAAAAUCAAAGAAGAGCGAGAAGCGCAAGAAGGCCGAGAAGAAGGCGGACGCCGAGAAGUCGCCGACCGACGCGGACAAGGCGGAGAGGCCGAAGAGGUCCGACAAGGCCAAGAAGGUGGACAAGUCGAGCAAGAAGCCCGCGAAGAAGAAGCGCGAGAAGACUCCGGAGCCCGAGCCGGAGCCGAUGGUCAAUCCGGCCGACUACCGCUACCGCACCAAGCCGUCCUUCUACCCGCUGCAGGCCAAGCAAGUGGCGCUCAACGUUCUCGGCGCGCUCAUCACCGAGACCAAAAAGGGCAGCACGACGAGCAUCUACGAGCGCGCCGCGGUGCUCACGGGCGUCAGCAUCCGCGCCCUCUUCAAGUGGGUCGCCGAGCACGAAAGGAACGGCCAUGUCCUGACGCCGCAGACCAAGCUGCGCGGCGGCAAAGGCAAGAAGCGCAAGAGGAGGAACGCUGAGGGCGUGCUCGUCUCGCCGGAGGAGUACGAGCGGGCGAAGGCGCUGGCCAUCGUCGCCGAAGGGGGCGACCCUUCCGCGCCGCCCAAGAAGAAGCGCUCACCCAAGAAGAAGGACACGGAGUCGGCCGACGGCGUCACGGCGCCGGCUCCCAAGCGCGCCAAGCGGCCGCCGGGCAGCACCCCGCGCAAGAACCCCAACAAGGAGCCCGCCCGGAGCGUGCCGGCGGCGAUGAUGCGACCGCCACCGCCGACGACCACCACCACCGACCCCGUGCGCAUGGCGGCCAACAAUGCAAUGGGCGCGUACGGUUUCGCCACGCCGCCCUGCUUCGACGCCCGUGAGUACGCAGCCAGGAUCGCGCCCAUGAUCCGGCCCCAGCAGCUAGACGCGGUGCGCACUAGCGACAGCUGCAGCUACGUGUCGCCCAGGCCCGCGGGCACCGAAGACUUCGGAGCGACGCGGCAUUCGCCGGCGGCGAUACGGCCCGAAGGCGUCCGGCCCAGCUGCGGGUACGCCGCGUCGCCGCCCGCCGACUUCGCGCGGCACUCCCCGGUGAUGCGGCAGCAGCAGCAACCCGACGUGCGGCCCCCUCCGAACGACGGGAGCAACGGCAUGGUGAUUGGUCGGGUGGAUUACGCGGCGGCGGCUCGCAACUCGCCGGUUAUGAGGCCCCCCGACAUGCGGGUGGUGGUGAACAGUGCCGAGGCGACCAACAGCAGCUGCAGCUUCGGGAUGCCGCCACGCGCCGACGUCAGAGACUACACGGCGAGGAACGCCCUGGUGAAUCGUGUGCAGCAGCAGGUGAGGGCCGCCGACGGCUUCUUGCGCAUUGUCGACGUGCGCCACUACGACCAAGAGUCGCAGGACAUGAGUGCGGCUGUGCACUGUGCCCAGCAGCAGCAGCAUCAGCAACACCACCAGCACCAGCAGCAUCAACAGCCAUUCACGCACGACAUCACCGGUCGACCUACUGCUACUUGA